UUUUAGUCCGUCACUUCAACACUGUAGUGCGAGAACUCAUCCCAAGGAGAAGAUUCUGCCAUGGAAGAUCCCUUCGAAGCUUCUAUGGAUCUCCACGAGAUUCGAAGAUGAGAGAGCUGGAGUUCCUCCACAUAAGUAGCGGCGACGAAUGUCAAGAAUCUUCUGUGUCGAAUUCCGACAGCAUGGUCCGAGAUUUUGCUUUCCAGCUUUUGUUCUUCUGUAGAUUGAUUUAGGCCUGGUGUUUGUGCAAGGAAUUCAGCAUGACAUGCAUAUCAGCUCGAUGAAAUUCCAUGUUAUCUCGGAUUUGGGAAUCUAAUUUCUGGGUUCUAAUUUCUCAUACGAAAGUGCAUCAGAUUGUUGACGAGUACUCUGUUGUUGAUUCAUUGCGCGUCGAAGAUUCAUUUUUUUUUUUUUUUUUUUGCUUCGUGUUCUCCAUUUUAUAUAUAUAUAUAUAUGUACUUAUAUCCAUCUGCCUAGAGAUUAAAGAUGACAGAGAAACACCAAAGCUCAAGUUGCUCCAAAAGAUUUCAAUAUUUUAUGACUUCCUCGCCUUAUCCUUAGCCUUAUCUCAUCCGAAUCCAAUGAAUGUCAACACCUUUACUUCAUGUAUUGCCAUUCUCUGAAGAGCGUGCUGCAUUGGAGAUUCAUGUCAUGGAGAUCGUUGAUCUCUGAACCUCGUUUCGUUCUCAGACAUGCCUGGAUUUGGGAGGCCGUGAAGGCAGAUGGAGCUUUCGUCGGCAUUGCUAAGAACAUCCGUUGCUUAGAGCAGCAAUAUGGAGUUAUGACAACAUCUCGGUACCAUCUCAACUCCUGUUGUGUCCAUUCUCUAUAUAACGACUCCAUUGUCGAUGUUGCAGUGCAUGAUCAUGAACUCUUGGGAAGGGAAUACUAUCACAUUGUUGGUACCUGUCACGGGUUGAUUUGUUUUCGCACGGAUGAUAGCCUCUACUUGUGGAACCCCGUGUUGAAACUUCAUGUGAGAUUGCCAAGUUCAGAUCUUGAAACCAGACAAGGUGACCAUGUAACAUACGGGUUUGGUUAUGAUCAUUGCAACGGUGACUUCAAAGUGGUAACGCUGCUGCAGCCAAGACACGAAAUCAAGAAGACAGAAGCGAUCGUAUACUCAGUGAAAUUCAGACAUUGGAUGAGGAGAAGCACAAGGGAAUGUUGUUUUCCUUCUGGGGUUGUUCUUGAGAAAUCGAAACCCGGGAUCCACAUCAAAGGGACACUGAACUGGGCAUCGGCUCAUUCGUCAACCAUCGUAUCUUACGAUCUAACCAACGAUACAUUCAGAGAACUGUCUCGACCUGUGUGUUGUACAAAAGGCUGCUUCACUCUAACCCUCGGAGAAUAUAGAGGUUGCCUUUCAAUGGUGUGUUACUGCAAUGGAUCAAACGCAGAUGUCUGGGUGACCAAGGAGUUUGGAGAAGGAGAGUCAUGGAUGAAACUGGUAAGCAUUCCCGGUUUAACCGAGUACAUACGGCCACUGUGGAUUUCGACUGAACGUGAAUGUGAAGUUUUAUUGGAGUUUAGAUCGGGUUUAGCUCUGUAUAACCGUAACAAUGGGGCUUUUACGUAUCCUUUGGCUAGCAAGUUAACCAGUUGUUGUAAUUCCGUAGUGUACGUCAAGACACUUGUAUCGCCAAAUCUGUCCUAACAUUACAUAUUACUCUCAAUGUUCUUGCUUU